GUUUACACGCAUAAAUAUUUUUUGUAUACUAUUUUAUUAACGGUUUUAACCGCAAUGCAGCCAUACUUCUCUUACUUCAAAAACAAGAAGCCGGGUCAAAAACCAAAAUGCCUUUGCGACACCGUUGGACUCCUCGGCAAAAUAACUCAAGAACACGAGAAGUUGUUGAAGACAGAAAUAAACCAGAUCAGAUUAAAUUUAUUCACGGAAAGAAAUUCUGAUGGGACUGGGUAUCUAAUACUUCGAGGAAAAGACAUCGAAGGGUGAUAUCGUCGUCGGAUUCAGGACUCGGACAUGAGAGCAAUAUGUUUGUAUGUCAAACAGUCCUCACGUCGAAUCACAAGAUUGGAUUUAAGCUACAAUAACAUUACAGACCGUGGUUUCUUCAGACUAUUAAAAAAACUUCUUAUCAAAGGCCGAUCCAGCAUAAUUAACUUGAACAUCAUGAAUAAUCGACUAACACGUCACUCAAUUGCUAAACUCGUUAAAUAUUCGAAGGUUUUAAAACUAAAAUACUUACGGAUCAAUGGAAAUCGUUUUGGUCUGAAAGGGACUGAGCAACUAGCUAAUUUUUUAAUUUAUAACACAUCUGUGGAAUAUUUAGAUAUUGGUGAAACGAAUCAAAAUUUAUCGAGUAUCGCUCAAAUCAUUACAGCUUUAAGAGCCGACCAUGGGGGCAACAAAACAAUAAAAGUGUUUGACUUUAGUCGAGUCAUUCCGAUCUUCAAUCGAUAUAAUUACGAAUCGAAAUGGUUCGCCUAUCACAUUGAGUUUUUAUUAGAAAGAAACUCCACUAUAAUUGAGUUACAUUUUCAGAAAAAUAAUUUUAUUUGCCACGAUGUUGAAUACUUUGUGAGGGGUUUGAGAAAAAAUACAACUUUAUUAUAUUUAGACCUGGCUUUUAACAGAAUUGGAGAUUACGGAGCUGAAUUAAUAGCAAAAUAUCUAGCAGAAGGACCUCAAUUAUUAUUCAUAAAUAUCGCAGGCAAUGGUAUUAACGAUAUUGGGGCUAGAGCGCUAAGCUUCGGGUUACCAUACUCAAAAAUCCGAGCUUUAGACAUCUCCCGCAACACAAUGACAGAUAAUGGUAUAAUCGACAUUUUAAAUACAUUAAAGAAACCGUUUUUUCUGCGGUUUUUAAAUAUUUGGGGGAAUAAAAUUACUCAUGGUUCUUGUGAGAUUAUAGAGAGGAUGUUAAUUAGUGGGGUUUUGUUCCAACACACAAUUGAUGUCAAGGUUUAUGAAGUUGAUGAAGUGUUACAUGCAGCCUAUUACCCAAAUCCAGCAAACAGGAACAAACAUUUAUACUACGAUGAAUUAGACUUGGGUUGCGUCCAACCUAUAUACCACAUAACAAGAAAUAAUAUAGAAGAAAAGAAAAAAGUAAAAGUCGAUUGCAAGCAACGCCAUAAGCUGGAUAAAACGGAUAAAUUACAUUUUUAA